AUGCAGCUGCGAGGUCACAAUGCGCAUGCGCCCAAAAACGAAGAAGAACUGUUGCAGCAUAGAGCAAAGGAUGAACAUUAUCAAAGAGCCUCUUAUCAGUCUCAUAAUCACUUGCAUAAGGCAUCACAUGAUCAUCAGCUGGCGAUGCCAAAGAACAAACAUAUUGAAGAUUAUGAUCUUGACUAUGACAUCGAUGAUGAUAAUGAUGAUGAUGAUGAGGAUAAAAAUGGUUAUAAUUUAGCAGCAGAUCUGCUAAACAAUACGAAAAAUGCUGAAGUUGACUUUGUCUUCUUCAAUCGUGUACCCAAAGUGGGCAGUCAGUCUUUAAUGGAGUUGAUGGUUCGAUUGGGCAAAAUAAAUGGAUUUAUUCAUGGCCGCAAUCCGGGCGGUGCUAAAGAGACUGUCAUGAUGCCAAGGGAUGGCCAAAAGGAUCUCAUGGGGGACCUGCUGACACGCCCCAAGCCGCACAUCUACAGUCAACACAUCGCCUACAUGAACUUUACGCGAUUCCAUCUACCUCGUCCCAUCUAUAUUAACCUGGUCCGCGAUCCCAUCGAGCGUAUCAUCAGCUGGCAUUAUUAUAUUCGUGCAAGAUGGUAUUAUAACGAUAUGAAGGCCAAGUUUGGGGAGAAGUCCAUAGAAAUGCCAUCGGAUGAGUUUCUAAAUCUCGAUUUGGAUACUUGUGUGCGAAAUCACGAUCCUCAUUGCACCUUUGAGCAAAUGCAGAUCAAGAAUCCUGUGGGUGAUCAUCGCAGGCAAACCUUGUUCUUCUGUGGCAUGAAUAAGAAGCUGUGCAUGCCCUUCAACUCGGAGGUGGCCAUGCAGAAGGCCAAGCGAACUGUCGAGUCAGAAUACGCCGUAGUGGGCACCUGGGAGGAUACGAAUAUCACAUUGACCGUACUCGAGCACUAUAUACCGCGGUAUUUCCGUAACGCCAAGGUGGCAUACUAUCUGGGCCAGGAAAGACUCUCUCGAGUAAAUCGCAAUAAUGUCACUCGCAUCGUUAGCGACGAGACACGUCAGAUACUUCGCAAGAAUCUUACGAAUGAGAUUGAGUUCUACGAGUUCUGUAAACAGCGUUUGUAUCUCCAAUAUGCUGCUCUCAACCUUGGCAAACGAUUUGGCGAGGAUGACUACCUUUUAGUGCCGGAACAACAUGGAAAGUCCGACGAUUACGAGUAUUAAACUAAUGUCUGACUAAGUUAAGCUGUACGAAUUACUUAUCAAAUAAACUUCUUAGAAAUU